ACAUGUACGUGGACACUUCUGUUCGUAGAAACUUAUUAAACAGUAUUGAGUAAUAUAAGAGCAUCGAAGAAGCAUAAAUUGUAAACUGUUUAGUGAUUGAUGUUUAUUUUUUACAAAAAUAAAGUUACACAAGGAAACGAUAUAAUAUAUAAUGUAUAUAUUUAUGUAAAGUACGACGAAAAUAACACGUGAAAUUUGCAAAGUAGAAACAAGAGUUCUGCUGCCCCUUGUAUUUAUAAAAAUGAUUAAAACGAUAUUUAACGAAGUUAUAAUACAGCAUAAAAAUGGAAGAGCAUUAUUACAAGAAAGAUGUGCUUUUCCUCAAAUAUCUCACACAUCAAAAUAUUUUAUCUCUACAAGAAAAAAUAAAGAAUACACAAAAGAAUUAGACAAAGAGGAUGAUGAUCCAGAUAAAUUUGACAGGCCUAUAAAAUUCUCAACAUCUAAAGCUGCAACAUAUCCUGCUGGAUAUUCACAUGAAUUUCAUGGACCAAAGUAUCAAGGAGUUAUUGUAUCACUAAGCAUACUGAUCUUUUUGCUAUACUUUGGUGUUUUGAGAGAAGAAAAUGAUAUUGAUGAAAAAAUGGUUGAAAAUAUACCAACAGAAAUUCUAGAACAAAUAUAUGGAAAACAAGGGCUUUAA